GUUCAAGGGGACCCAGGAGUUCGGGAGAGGGACCCAGGAGUUCGGGAGGGACCCAGGAGUUCAGGAAAGGGACCCAGGAGUUCUGGAGAGGGGACCCGGGAGUUCGGGAGAGGGACCCAGGAGUUCGGGAGAGGGACCCAGGAGUUCGGGAGAGGGGACCUGGUAGUGCCCCAAGGGACCCCGGAGUUCGGGAGAGGGGACCCAGGAGUUCGGGAAAGGGACCCAGGAGUUCAGGAGGGACCCAGGAGUUCAGGAAAGGGACCCAGGAGUUCGGGAGAGGGAACUGAAGAGUUCGGGAAAGGGACCCAGGAGUUCAAGGGGACCCAGGAGUUCAGGAAAGGGACCCAGGAGUUCGGGAGAGGGACCCAGGCGUUGGGGAAAGGGACCCAGGAGUUUGGGAGAGGGGACCCGGGAGUCCCCCAAGGGACCCAGGAGUUCAGGAGAGGGGACUGAAGAGUUUGGGAAAGGGACCCAGGAGUUCAGGAGGGACCCAGGAGUUCUGGAGAGAGGACCUGGGAGUUCAGGAGGGACCCAGGAGUUCGGGAGAGGGGACCCAGGAGUUCGGGAGAGGGGACCCAGGAGUUCGGGAGAGGGGACCCAGGAGUUCAAGGGGACCCAGGAGUUCGGGAGAGGGGACCGAGGGGUUCAGGAGGGACCCAGGAGUUCGGGAGAGGGACCCAGGAGUUCAGGAAAGGGACCCAGGAGUUCGGGAAAGGGACCCAGGAGUUCGGGAAAGGGACCCAGGAGUUCAAGGGGACCCAGGAGUUCGGGAAAGGGACCCAGGCGUUGGGGAAAGGGACCCAGGAGUUCGGGAAAGGGACCCAGGCGUUGGGGAAAGGGACCCAGGAGUUCGGGAAAGGGACCCAGGCGUUCGGGCCAGACCCUUGAGCUCCCUCCCACCCCUCCAUUGAUCCUAUUGGGGUGUCCCCCCCCCCCAUUCCCACAAUGGAACCCCCCGUGUCCCCCCCCCCCCCCAGCACCCCCUUGGUCCAGCGCCCGGAACCCCAUUGUCUGUGAGCUCGGGUGCGGAACCGGGAGCACCCAAGGGUGCUGGUGCUGGUGCGGGUGCUGGAGCGGAUGGGUGCGCCGGUGCUGGGUGCCAUGAAGCGGGUGCUGCUGCUGCUCGUGCUGCUGGGCGCCUGCCGGCCCGCCCGUGGCUCCUGGGACGGCUGCGGAACCUGCGGGCAGCGCCCCCUGGCGUCGUACUACGGCUGGUCACGUGUGGUGGGCGGUAGCCCCGCCCAACAGGGGGCGUGGCCUUGGAUCGCCAGCAUCCAGGACCCGUGGAGCGAAGGCACCGGGCACGUGUGCGGGGGGUCGCUCAUCAGCGCCCAAUGGGUGCUCACGGCCGCCCAUUGCUUCGUGAAAGUGGACCCCAGGGACAUCCCGACGUGGCGCGUGGUUCUGGGGGCCACCCACUUGGUCCACCUGGGCUACCAGGCCCAAGUGCGGCUGGUGAGACGCCUGCUGGUCCACGAGCGCUACGACAACGUGUCGCAGCGCAACGACAUCGCCCUGCUGGAGCUCGACCAGCCCGUGCGCUGCGACUACUACGUACAGCUGGCCUGCGUGGCCGUUCCGGGGCUCAGGGUGGCCGAGCUCGGGCCCUGCUACGUCAGCGGUUGGGGGGCCACCGAGGCUAGAGCGUCGGGGUCCACGGCCGUGCUGCAGGAGGCGCAGGUGCAGCUGAUCGACGUGCAGCUCUGCAACAGCACCAUGUGGUACCGGGGGGCCGUGCACCCCCACAACCUGUGCGCCGGAUACCCGCAGGGGGGCAUCGACACCUGCCAGGGUGACAGCGGCGGCCCCCUGGUGUGCCAAUCCCCCCACGGCUCCUACUAUUGGCUGGUGGGGGUGACGAGCUGGGGGCGGGGCUGCGCCAGGGCCAGGCGACCCGGCAUCUACACAGCGACCCAGCACUUCUACCACUGGAUCCUGCGGCACAUGGGGCUGCCCCCCCGCGCAGCCGCCCCCCACCCCACGGUCACGCCAUGGAGCCCCCCGCCCAGCCCCCCCGGGCUCUAUGGGGAACAAUCCGGAGCGGGCUCGGCGCCGUUUCCACUGCGGAAGGUGCUGGAGCUGCUGCGGGGGCUCCAGGAGCUGCUGCAGGGGCGGGGGGGCGACGGGGAAUGAGCGGAGCCGGAGUGCGGAGCGGAGCCGGAGUGCGGGAUCCGGGUGGGGA